GAACUAUUUUAACAAAUAUCUCAAAUUUUUGUCACCUUUUGGCUCCAAGUUUUCCCAAAAGAAAAAGCGUGCGAAAUUCAAUUUUCAAAUCUGGAACCAAAAUGCCCAAAACCCAAAUCCCAGUCGGCGCUCGCAAUCUCAGCCGUUCUUUAAUAAUCCAAUCUACGGUUCUAAUUAACGAUCCGCGUCACUCCAUUUCCACCAAUCACAAUCCAACCCAAUUUCCUAUAUAAAGAAACCUCCUCGCCGAGUCUCCGGUAUCACGCUCCUCCACUUCGAUUCAACCCCCUAUCUGUUUUUCUCUGCCAUCAAUCCCCAAAUUUUUUUUGUUUGUUGUUUGUUCUCGCGAUGGCACCAAAGGCCGCCGACAAGAAACCAGCUGAGAAGAAGCCCGCGGCGGAGAAAGCCCCCGCAGCCGAGAAGGCCCCGGCGGAGAAGAAGCCCAAGGCCGGAAAGAAGCUCCCGAAGGAAGGCGGAGCCGCUGCCGGAGACAAGAAGAAGAAGAGGGUGAAGAAGAGCAGCGAGACCUACAAGAUCUACAUCUUCAAGGUGCUGAAGCAAGUCCACCCUGACAUCGGGAUCUCCAGCAAGGCCAUGGGUAUCAUGAACAGCUUCAUCAACGACAUCUUUGAGAAAUUGGCCCAGGAAGCUUCAAGGCUCGCCAGGUACAACAAGAAGCCGACGAUUACCUCGAGGGAGAUUCAGACCGCCGUGAGACUUGUGCUUCCCGGGGAAUUGGCCAAGCACGCUGUUUCUGAAGGCACCAAGGCUGUUACCAAAUUCACAAGCUCUUGAAGAAUUAUGGCUGCUGUUGUCAAAUCUCUUCUGAUUGAUGGAUGAAUUUCUAGGGUUUCUCUAUGUUUUUGCUUGUUUUGUUAAGAAUCUUUAAUUUUAGGGUUGAAAUUAGGGUUUGAAGGUCUGUACUUCUCCUAGAUAUGUAUAGAUGCGUAUGUUAGUAUCUCUUCUCUGUACUGAACCUCUGGUUCUCUUCUGAAUCAAUCAAAUCCAGUUUCCGAUUAGUUUUCUGAUUUUUUCUUAAUUUUUUUUUGAAAUAAUUUUUCUGCUGUUUGCAUAUUAACAAUCAAAUUAAAACUUGUUUUCCUGGU